AAUUUCAGAGCUCCUCCCCUUCCCACUACCAUAUAUCUUAACAGAAAGCAAACCUCUAAACAAAGAAACAACCGAGUGUAGACUCACGGAAACUUUCUUCAACCAGAAUUUGACACGAAAUGGACACCAAAAGUGUGAUGACUGAGGCACUUGAGCAUCUUGUGGAUAAAGAGCUCAAACAGUUCAUCUGGCAUCUGUGCAAUGGGGUCAUACAAGGCACAGAUCCGAUUCCCAAGGCAAAGCUUCAGAAUCCUGAGCGUGAGGAUGUGGUGGACUGCAUGGUACAGUAUUACGACGAUGAUGCUGGGAAGAUCGCAGUCCAAGCACUACGCAAAAUGAAACAAAACGAGCUUGCAAAGAAGCUUGAACUCAAACUUAAAGUUCCACAGCCUGUGAAGGAAGACACAAUAGAUGGCCCUGAGCCUAUGGAUCUGCAGCCCAUCCAGGCUGACUGGCAGAGACCGAACAGUAUUACCACAUGCAGCCAGCAAUUUAAGAACACACUUCUUAAACAAAAUGCAAAUGAUGUUUAUAUACCAACGAGCAGGUCUCAGAUGAAAGGUUCAGCCCUGCUGAUCACCAACAUUAAAUUCGACAACAUAAGUGACAGGAAAGGGGCAGAGAAAGACGAGGCGAACAUGGACUGGCUGCUGACAGCUCUGGGUUACAGAGUUGAGAAACACAGAGAUCUCUCUGGAAAUGCAAUAAAGACAGCAGUCGAGGACUUCUCUAAACGUCAUGAACAUAAAGACUCGGACAGCACCUUUGUGGUUAUCAUGUCCCAUGGGAACAGAAUCCAAAAUAAAGAUGCCAUUAUAGGUGUCCAUUAUCAUGAAGAUAAACACCCCACUGAUUAUUUCUUUGUUGAGGACAUCUUCACCCAUCUGAACUCGGAGAACUGUCCCGCUCUGAUUGAUAAACCAAAGGUUAUUCUAAUUCAGGCCUGCAGAGGAAACCAUGAAGGAGGUGUGUAUGUUCAUGACAGUGUGCCUGAAUCAGACUCCUGGGUUCACAAGGAGAAAGACUUUGUCUGCUUUAUGUCCACCAUCCCUGGUGUGAAGGCAUACAGGAGUCGUGACGAUGGAAGUUUUUUCAUCAGCUACAUAGUGGAUGAGCUCAGUAAGAGCGCUCAUAAAGAUGACAUUAUGGAGCUGUUCAGGAAGGUCGGCUCACGUAUGGAGAAAGACCCACAAUUCACAGGUUGGAAAAAAAUACUGCCGUGUUUUGAGAGGACAACCCUUGUAAAGAAAUUUUACCUGUUCCCUGAGCUCUAAUGAUGUUUAGAGACCAAUCACUACAGGUGUAGUGGGUAGAAACAUUGUCAUGCCUCCUCAGUUGAUUAAUCACAGUAAAUUAAGACAAUUUUCUUAUUACAAGUUUUCUGAAAUGUUGUUUAAACAUGCAAAUGAGGCAUUAUCAAACUAAAUAUACACACAUUUACAUACAUUUCACAAUAAUAAAAAAGAGGUCUAAAACAAUUAAUAAAGUCAGGUUGAAAAUUCAGUGCAUAAGAAAAAAACAGCCUCUGAAGAUGUGUAUUUUGAGGGUUUAAAAGAUUCUUCAUAGCAACGUGUGUGUGUUCAAGAGAGCAAUCAUACAUCGGUGUGGAUUUAUUUUCUUCUUUUAUAUUAAUUAAAUUAUAAUCACUUAAUCAUUUUAUUAUGCCAUAUGAUCAUUUAUAAUAAUCAUUUAAACCAGCCAUUUCAUUGAUGAGUUAUUUAUAUCAUAUUAUUAUUCUUUAUAUUGUUUUCCAAGUCUUAUGAUGUGGUUUCUAGGGAUAUUUAUGUUCACGAAUAAGAGAUUAGAGAAUGUCUCCAUUUCAAGGUUUUUAACAUCACGGGACAUUCAUGAUAUAAUAACACUUGUUGGAUUUGGGCUGGUCAGAUGUUUCAGUCUGAGCAUUGAAAUAUAUAAUAUGCAACUAUGAUUAUUCAAUCAACUGGCUGAUAAAAUACUGUUAAUACAGGUUUGGGUACCAGACAAAAUUGGUUUGGGGUAUCAGAGAAAAAAACCUUUGCUGACUGGGGUUUUGGAUAUAAGACAAACACUCAACAAAUAGAAAUAUAUAGAUGCAUAUAGUUGAAGUGGAAUAAAAUCAAAACUUAAGUGAAGUGGAAUAAAAUAAAAAUUUAUUUAAGAUGUUUUCUUUCCUCUAAAAGAAGACAAGUUAUGGAAGUACAGUAGCCCAAAAUCUCAAAAUUUACCAGUGCAUGAAAAACAAUGGUUAACGUCUUCAUAAUAAAUCACAGAAUAAAUGUAAUUACCUUUUUUUUUUUUUUUUUUUUUAUACUGAUCUCACUUAAUUAAAACUUUCUUAUAUACUACACUAUAGCCAUAUUAUUGUAUUAACCAUACAUUUCUGGAGUCACCUCCAUCCAGUAUGUGCAAUGUGCACACAUUUUAACCUCAGCUGACUAGCUAUAAGAACUUUUUCUUCUUGUUUGUUUGAUAAAAGUGCAAAAUAAUCAAUAAAGCUUUUCUAAUUUGUUA